AUGGCCGACUUCCAGCCAGACAAGUCAAUAUCCAUCCUUGAUAUAGGCCCUGAUUUUCGAGUAUUUACGGCGCGCGGCCGUCCUAGCUCCCGCUCAAGUCUGCGCUUCCAGGUUCAGUCUCAGGGUCUCGCCGGCAGCCCCGGCCGGCGGGCGCGGAGCCGGCAGCGGGGCCAGAACGGCAGGGUCCUCUGGGGGCCCCGGAGUUGGGAGGCGGCGUCCGGGAGUCCCCCGAGGAGGAUGGGCUGCGGAGACAGCAGGCUGAGCUGCUGCAAACCCCCCAAAAAGAGGUGCCAAGGACCAGAUCAGCCUCCCAAACCAGAGCUGCAGGAACUGGGUCCCCUCAAUGGUGACACAGCCACAACUGUCCAUCUCUGUGCAUCUGAGGAGGCUGGGCAGCACCAGAAGGCUCUCACCAGAAUUCUCCAGCAACACGAAGAGGACAAGAAGAAAUGGGCACAGAAGGUGGAGAAGGAGAGGGAACUAGAGCUUGGAGAGAAACUGAAUGAACAGCGAAGAGUCCUGGAGGGAGAGCACGCGGAGGCCCUGAGAGUCCUCCAGGCCUCCCAUGAGCAGGAUAAAGAAGCCCUUACCCGCUCCUUCCAGGAGGCCAAGGCGGCCCUGCAGGAGACCACCGACAGACUGACCGCACAGCUGGAGGCCUUCCAGGCCAAGGUGAAGAGGGUAGAGGAGUCCAUCCUAAGUCAAGACUACAAGAAGCACAUCCAGGAGUACGGGAGCCCCAGCCAGUUCUGGGAGCAGGAGCUGGAGAGCUUACACUUUGUCAUCGAGAUGAAGAACGAGCGAAUCCACGAGCUAGACAAGCGGCUCAUCCUCAUGGAGACAGUGAAAGAAAAAAACCUGCUGUUGGAGGAGAAAAUCACCACCCUGCAGCAGGAGAACGAGGACCUCCAUGCCCGAGGCCGCAACCAGAUGGCUGUGUCCAGGCAGCUCUCUGAGGACCUGCUUCUCGCCCGAGAGGCCCUGGAGAAGGAGUCGCAGUUGUGCCGGCAGCUCCAGCAGGAGAAGGAGCAGCUGCUGUACCGGGUCCUCGGGGCCGACGCCUCCCCCGCCUUCCCGCUGGCCUCUCUCACCCCCACUGAGGUCUCCUACCUCGCCACAUAGCGCCUGGACCGCCGGGAUGCUGUGGUCACAGCUUUCUCUCGAGGACUUGGCAGAGAAAACAGCAGGGGCCUCUUGUCCCUAGGAGGGGACAAGGGUGGGAGUGAGAUGGGGAGCCAGGAUGUGCGGCCAGUCAGCCCUGGGGGCUUGGGCCACGUACACUCACCCUCGGGGCUUCAGAGGCCCCUCAAGUUGGCUCAGGGGACAA